AAGAAUCUCCCCCCCCCGAGGCUUACGACAGAUUAAAAAAAAAAAAACGACCUCGAUGGUUUUCCCACAAAUUCUCUUACCUCACAUACUGAAACCUACAAAAGACAAAAAAGACAUUCUAUCUCCAAGUCUGCUAGAGCCAGCACCCAUUGGCUUUGCAGCUUCAAGAUGUCGAAACCUCUAAGUGUCAAUGGGAGCGAGUCUGAGUUCGAGUUCGUCGAAACUCCAAAAGCUCCUACUCCUACUUUUGAGAAGUUUGAGGAAUGCGGUGUGCGAACUACCUCGUACCCGUCCAUUAAGAAUGGCCCUCUCCCAGCAGACUCGGCGGGCUCUGAGAGCUUCUCCAAUCUCCUGCUCUUUUCCUUACUCGGUGGCGUCCCGCUCUGGAUGUCCUGGAAAGUUGGAGGCGGACUAAAGACAGCCAUAUUCUUUGCCUUGUUCACCAGUAUUCCUAUUCUAGCUGGUUUCUGGCUUACCGUCUCUUCUAUAAGCCCUCGAAAGAACGAGAAGGCUAAAUAUCCCGGACGACCGGUUGAGCACUACCUUACCUUCAAGAAGCAAUCCGAUAAGCUCAAGUAUCAUGGCAGAAACAAGAUCCCUUUGGAGACCUUCUAUGAGAUGUAUUUUGACGGAGAUGUCGACUUCAACGGCGACUGUCUCGAGGUUCUAGAAUACAGACACGACUGGGCGAGCUUCCGCUUCACGUGGGGUCUCUGCAAGUACUUCCUCUUUGGCAUGAUGCCGGAGGUUAUCAUGCAUUCACGAAGCCAGGACGAGGAACAGGUCCGUGAACAUUACGACCGUGGUGAUGACUUCUACGGCUGGUUCUUGGGCCCCCGUAUGAUUUACACUACUGGUGUCAUUUCGGAUAUCAACAGCGAAGAAACUCUAGAACAGCUCCAGGAUAACAAAAUGGCCAUUGUUUGCGAAAAGAUCAACCUACAAGAGGGCGAGAGGCUGCUGGACAUUGGUUGUGGUUGGGGUACCCUAGCACGCUUUGCCAGUGUCAACUACGGCGCUCACGCUACUGGUAUUACUCUUGGCCGCAACCAAACUGCCUGGGGCAACAAGGCUCUCCGCGAUGUUGGCAUUCCCGAGGAACAAAGCAAGAUUCUGUGCAUGGACUACCGAGAUAUCCCUGUGCCGGAAGGCAAAUACCACAAGAUCACCUGUCUGGAGAUGGCUGAGCAUGUCGGUGUGCGCAAGUACGGUACCUUCUUGAAGCAGGUUUACGACAUGUUGGAUGAUGAUGGUGUUUUCUUCCUGCAAAUCGCUGGUCUCCGAAAGCCUUGGCAAUACGACGAUCUUAUCUGGGGUUUAUUCAUGAACAAAUACAUUUUCCCUGGCGCUGACGCUUCAACACCCCUCGACUUCUUCGUUGGCGGUCUAGAAGGUGCUGGCUUUGAAGUUAAGGGAAUCGACACCAUUGGUGUGCACUAUUCCGCGACUAUGUGGCGGUGGUACAGGAACUGGCUAGCCAACCGUGAGAAGGUCGAGGCUAAGUAUGGAAAGCGAUGGUUCCGCAUCUGGGAAUACUUCCUGGCCAUCUCUACUAUUGCUUCGCGACAGGGAACUGCCACCUGCUACCAGAUUGUUCUGGUCAAGAACAUCAACUCGACCCACCGCAUUGAAGGUGUGCAGACUCAGUUCGCCUUGACCGGUGCCCUCAAGAAGGCUAUGGCGAAGGUGGAUCUCAAGGCAUGGGCUAAGACUAAUGCCGACCACUUUCCUACCUCGACGGCACAGUAAGGUAGGAGAAGGCGAAUAACGAGAGUCUAUCACACUAGGCUAUUACUAGGCCAGUCUCCCAGGUAAUAGCAAAGCAGUACCAACUCAUCUGCGAGCAGAUUUGAUGCUACAACUUUGCACGGCAUGGAUGAUGAGGGUAUCGGUGGAGAUGCUAGUAGUGGCUUGACACAGGCGCGAAUAUGGACAGAAAUACAAAGAUAUGUGUCGAAUAAUGGAGGGCCUGGAGGUGAAAAGGGGGCGAGGACAUGAUGCUGUUAAUAUUGAGGGAGGGUACCUCGAAUGUGUGAAUGAGUGGACGACAAGUGAGUGGGCAUAAUGACUGAGUUACGUAGUUAACGUAGUUAAUGUUGAUACUUGUCUUGUUAUCCAUGAAUUACCUACUGGUAGCCGCUUCAUUGGUAUGAUGUACUCUAUCUGAUGAGAAUUUCAGGGUUGUUCUACUUAA